UUUUAUAAACUAUGUAACAUCAUCAAUUUCUCCAAUUCCACAGGAACAAAAGCCUCAAGCAAUAUUGGUGUGAACUAUGGCCAACUUGGGAACAAUCUACCCUCUCCAUCUAAGUCCAUUGAGUUUCUAACAACAAUGAACGCUAGCCUUGUGAAGCUCUAUGAUGCAAACCCUGAGAUAUUAAACCUUUUAUCAACAACAAAGCUAGAAGUCUCAAUUAUGGUCCCAAACCAUGAAAUCUCAGACAUUGCUGCCAGUCAAAACAUAGCAGAUGAGUGGGUGAGGAACAAUGUCCUCCCUCACUACCCCAAAACCAUGAUCCGCUACCUUCUUGUCGGCAAUGAAGUGCUGAGCUACAAUUCUGAACAAGGCCACAAAAUGUGGCGUGAUCUUGUCCCAGCAAUGAUAAGCAUCCAAAGAUCUCUCGAAGCUCAGAAUAUCAAGGACAUCAAAAUUGGCACCCCAUUAGCCAUGGAUGUCAUGCAAUCAACUUUCCCACCUUCAAGUGGGCGAUUCCGACCUGACAUAAUAGACAGUGUGAUGGUACCAAUGCUCAAGUUCCUGGACAGAACCAAGUCGUUUUUCUUUAUUGAUGCAUACCCGUAUUUCCCAUGGUCUCAGAACCCCUACAACAUCAGCCUCGACUUCGCUCUGUUCAGGGGAAAUUUCAGAUUGCGUGACACUAGUAGCGGCUUGGUCUACACCAAUUUGUUGGACCAAAUGCUUGACUCCAUCAUCUUCGCCAUGUCUAAACUCGGGUACCCCAACAUCCAGCUCGUGAUUGCUGAAACCGGAUGGCCUAACUCAGGUGACAUAGAAGAACCUGGUGCCAACAUAUACAAUGCAGCUACAUACAAUAGAAACCUCAUCCAAAGAAUGACAACAAAACCACCCAUGGGUACCCCAGCUAGACCUGGGGUUGUAAUUCCGACCUUCAUCUUCUCACUGUUUGACGAAAACCAAAAGCCAGGACCGGGAACAGAACGACACUGGGGCUUGUUGCACCCGGACGGAAUGCCAAUGUAUGAAAUUGACUUAACAGGAAAGCGAUUGUUCACCGACUUUGCAUCGUUACCAGCUCCAAAGAACAACGAACCAUACAAAGGGAAGGUCUGGUGUGUGGGGGCAAAGGAAGCAAACCUAAUGGAAUUGGCAGCAGCUUUGUCCAAUGCCUGCAAUGAAGGGAACAUAGCUUGUGAUGCUCUUGCCCCAGGGAAGGAGUGCCAUGAGCCAGCUUCAAUUACUGACCACGCAAGCUACGUUUUUAGCUCUUACUGGUCCAGGUUCAGAAGUGAAGGUGCAAGUUGCUAUUUCAAUGGCCUUGCGAAACAGACAACCACAGAUCCCAGUAAGUUUCUUGAUUUUUCAUUCCUAUACCAAUCAUUUCAUAUCCUUCCAAUGUCACAUUGUAACUUUGAUAACCAAUAAUCAAUGAUGUUUUUGAAGCAGGUCAAUCUUCUUGCAAGUUCCCAAGUGUAACUUUCUGAAGACAAAAAGGACCCAAGAUCAUCAUCAUGCAAG